AUGAGUGGAAGAGGUAAAACCGGUGGAAAGGCACGAGCCAAGGCCAAGACUCGCUCCUCCCGCGCCGGGCUGCAGUUCCCCGUGGGCCGUGUGCACAGGCUUCUACGGAAAGGUAACUAUGCUGAGCGCGUCGGCGCUGGCGCACCCGUCUACUUGGCGGCUGUGCUGGAGUAUCUUACUGCUGAAAUCCUUGAGUUGGCCGGUAACGCCGCUCGCGACAACAAGAAGACCCGUAUUAUUCCGCGCCACCUGCAACUGGCCGUUCGUAACGAUGAGGAGCUGAACAAACUGCUCGGAGGAGUGACCAUUGCUCAGGGUGGCGUGCUGCCCAACAUUCAGGCCGUACUGCUUCCCAAGAAGACCGAGAAGGCGGUCAAGUCCAAGUAAAUUGGCCUUUUCCGCUGAUUUGUACUUAA